AUUUUCAGAUCUUUCCUGAAUUAUAUUGAUAGUUAAUGCUGUCAUGUGCUGGAUGCCAUAUCAUGCCAUUAUAACUAAUAAAGUCAACAUGUAAUCCAUAAAUAAACGAAAAACAAAAAAACGUACUUGGUAACAUCUUCAGUCCAAAAGUACUGCCAUCCUUAACCGGGAUAUUUCGUAUUUACAGUAUACAACCCACCUUCCGAUGUUCCCCGAGAAGGUCACAUUCUCCGCAGGUUAUUUAACCAUAUUCAUACGAUCCCAAUAUUGCCUUAGUCUUGUAUUUACCUAUCUGAAGACUAAAAUGGAAAAUGUCCGGUUGAAAAUGUCCGGAAACGCUGUAUCGUAGUGCGUGGCAUCGCAUUGGAGACAGCAUUGAAGUUGAGCGGCCAGGCAGUGCGAGGCUGCCACGGGGAGUGAGAGUAAAUGCAGUGAUUCCUUACAAGAACAAGGACCCAUCCGAAGUGAGACAUUUCGCCAUACAGCCUAAUAACCACUUGUCACACGCCAUUGUUCGAGGAUCACCACUGUUCUAAGUGAUACAGAGCGUUUGGAAGUAGUGUAUGAGGACCAACGCUUCAAAAUCGGCAUAUUGAUUAAGUGCUCGAGUCAGUCAACAACAACCUAAAGGUUUCAUUGAAAGCUGUAGCUGUAUUUGGCUGCACUCCUGAACACUGACUCUGACCGACUUUGCUAACAAAGGACUUUUGAUCCUUUGCUACAGCCCAAGCGGAAGUCUGUUUCUUUAUCAAAAUGGCGUCAGAGGUCACUCCGGCUGACUCCUCUUCACUAGUAGAGCCGCUGACAAUUAAUGUCACUCCUUGCACUGACUUCCAAGGCCCACCAAUGGCCUACAGAAACGAGUCGACUCCUCGAGGUGCUCUUUUCCUUGCGAAUUACUGCAAGUUCUCCAAUCCGAAAAUAAAACCGAGGCAGGGUUCGGACGUGGAUUCGAAGCACAUACUUGAACUCUUUAACCAGAUGGGUUACAGUGACAUUAAAGUGAUUCUAGAUGCCACGAAAGAGCAAACAUUAACAGCACUUCAGCAGUUCAAUAAGGAGGAGAUACACAGCAAUGUCGACUCUCUGGUGGUAGUAUUCAUGAGCCAUGGGGUGGGUGACGCGAUGCUUACCUCAGAUGAAGAGCUCAUUCAAGAUGCGGAAGUCAUCGAGUUCUUCGACCACAUCAAUUGCCCCGCACUUAUAGGGAAACCUAAGCUUUUCAUCUUCCAGCACUGUCGUGGGCCACAGGAACACAUCGCGAUUGCCAAAGCAUCGACUGAUUCCAAAAGUCAUGGUCAAACUUCUGUUCAAGUGAAAUACACUCGAAGGAAAAUAUCUGAUGUUUAUGUUUGCUAUUCAACUAUACCGGGCUUUUUGUCCUAUAGAUGUAACCACCAUGGGUCCCCUUAUAUCAACAAACUCUGUAAAGUUUUCAUGGAGGAAGCUCACCACACAGAAAUAGAUGGUCUUAUGAAGAAAGUAGAAAGAAUAUUGCCAGAGGAACAAGGCGCCGAAAUACGAAAAUUGAUGGUCAAGUGGGAUUUUUAUUUCAACCCGUAUUCCAGAGAAGAAAGACUAUCAGUAAGAAGUAGAGAUGCCAUGGAUAAUGGGGAGACCUACAGGACUACAAGCUCACCAAGGGGCCAUGUUCUCAUUAUUAAUGAUCUUGAAGGUUGCGAGCAAGACAUCGAGAAAUUACAAGAAAUAUUCAGAACGCUUGGAUUCAACGUUCUCCCGCCCUGCAAAAAUCUCAUGAAGGAAGAGAUGAAGGAAAUACUUCACGACUUUUCUAAAAUACAUCACCAUGAUUCGGCAGUUGUCAUAUUCUAUGGGGCAGGGAACGGGGACUACUUAGUGUCAAGUGACCACUUAGCAACAAGUUUUGGAGAAUUCACAAAAAUGUUUAAUGAUAUCAACUGCCCAAGCCUAGCUGGAAAGCCCAAACUGUUUAUUCUGAAUACGUGCUUCGCUGAAGAAGUGGAGUUACAUAACGAUUUAAUGGAUGUUACAAAUUUGAGUUACCAGCAAGGUCCAGAUGAACAAAGUGGGCUGAGUAUAGAUGGAAACACAGAGUUAGACAUGGCACAAGGCACAGUGUAUAUUCCUGCUGAGCGUGACAUUUAUCUGUUAAUUGUAGAAGUUGAUGGACAGUGUAAUGAAGGAUCGUUGUUAACAAACGCCUUGUACCAGGUUCUUCUCAAUCAUGCCUGUGACAAAGAGCUUAUGACACUCACCAAAAUGAUCCUACACACGUUAGAAGAUCUACAGAAAACAAAAGGUGGAGAUCAGUACUACCUUGAGGUAAGGACGAUGAAAUUCCUGCGUGACUACUACUUCAAUCCUCCAAAAGCUGCACAACCACCAUCCCCUCCACCCAGACACCGAGAAAUUCACCUUGAAAAAGACUACUUCUCCCAGAGAAGGCUGAGUGUGAAGCAAGUAAAGCAGCCCCGAAAUACCCACUCUGAUUACUGGAACUGGUCACGACCUCAUGGCCUGGCACUCAUCAUUUACUUUGACAAAUACGAAAGUAAACGGCUACCAGACUGCCCAUGGCGACAGUACAAUGCAAAAAUGAUGUCACAGCUUUAUAGUGCCAUCGGCUAUAGGACAGAAAUGUGUAGUAAUCCCACGAACUCUGAGGCCAAAUCUUGCCUAGAAGAAUUCUCAGUAAGGAGGGAACAUUCAGACCUCGAUUCAGCGGUUGUCGUUAUCUUAGGCCUUAGUAAAGACUGCAACUCCUUCUACUGUGGAGAUGGAGAACCCCUUCAUUUAUCGGAUAUUUAUUCUCACUUCACGGAUACCUCUUGCCUUGCUCUGAAAAGGAAACCCAAGUUCUUCUUUUUCCACAUGACAGAGAUGCAGGAAAGGGUAUAUCCCCGGGAAAGUCCGCGGAAAGAGCUGAGAGAUGCCUUUGUCGUCCGACUUGUGUCGAAGGUUGAUGCCAAUGGCCUUCACCCAAGCAAAGGUCUAUGUGCGUGGAAGAAAGCCUUGGAAGAACACGCCCACGACACUCACCUGGAGAGCCUGGUAAGCAAGGCAGAAGAUUACCUGCAUGACGGUGCGUGUAAUACCAGGGUAAUGGACGAACACUUCGAACGUGAGCCGUGUUUUCUUACUGGAAAAUUCUUCCUGAAUCCGAACAAAAUAUGAAGAUGAGGAUUUCAGGAUGCCUUCCCCCCACUCUCAUUCUCUUUGUGUGUUCUUACCUAGUGGUUUCAAUAUGGAAGAAGAGCUAAGCUCAGAUGAUCCUGUCUGCUAUAUUUAAAUUAUCAUAUAACUUUUCAAAUUGAUGCACAAUUUUGGCACACAAUAUUUGGGAAAUUGUUCUAUGUUUCAACAGUACUGUUUGGGAAACUGAACUUCUUGACAUCAAUCUCGCCUCUUUUUGCUUUCAACUUUUUGCUGUGACAUCUCGUCCUUCUUGUGUUCAAUGUUACAGUCAUCGUUGUUUAACUUCACCUUUCCUGUAAUGUAGCUGAACAUCAUUAUCAUGUCACCUCUCUUUCUUCUAAAGUAGUAUGACCAUUGCUUUUGUCUUUCUUCAUAGCUCAUAUCUCCUAGAGUAAGUGCCCAUCUUGUGGCUUCUCCUUGAACUUUUUCUACCUUUAUCUUUUUUUAAGUGAGGACUCCAUUUGGGUUUAAUUCCUGAUUAUGAUUAUUCCAAGGACUUUAUCUGUUUGGUUUAAAGUUACGUCUCCUAACUUGUAUUGAUAUAGUGGACGAUUUUUGCUUUCUCUGAACCUGACUACAUGGCAUAUAUUGGUGUUAAAUUCCAUUUUCUAUGUACAACUCCAAAUUCAUAAGUUCUCGAUGUCACUUUAGAGGCAUUUGCAUGAGAUCGUCUGUUAUCCUUUUUUGCAAUUUUGCGUCAUCUACAAACAUAUUCAGAUAACUACCUGGGCUUAUGUUCGACCCUAACUCAUUUAUGCAAAUAGUUAACAUAAUCGGCGCCAAGACGAAUCCUUGAAGUACUCCACUAGUCACCCGUUGCUUAGUCGCUUCCCUCUAAUUACUGUUUUCAACUGUCUUUCUUGGAGAAAGCCUUCCAUUCGAGGAGUUUGCCUUUCACUCCACCUAGGUGUUUUAAUUUCCAUGAUAGUCUUUUCUAAGACACCUUAUCAAAUGCUUUCUUAAAGUCCAAGUAUACACAAUGCACCCAGCCGUCUCUUUCUUGUAAAAGUUCAGAAACUCAAUCAUAGAAUCAGAGAUUUGCUAUAUAUGACCUUACUUCCCUAAAAUAUAAUUGUUUAGUUGAUAUCAUAUCGUGUUUUUCAAGUACUUCAACCCACUGUUUCCUAAUUAUCCUUUCUCACAGUUAGCAUACUACACUAGUUAACGAAAUUGGUCUAUAAUUUAGAGGGUCUUGUUUGUCGCCGUUCUUGUAUAAAUGUGUAACAUUGGCAAUUUCCAAUCUUUUGGUAGUUUUCCUUGUCUCACUGAAUACAUAAUUCUUCGGCACAUUUCCUCUGCUUUAGUCUUGUCUAACCCUUUCAGUAGGGCUUUUAUUUCUUUUCGAGUGUGAUAUUUUCGACAUUUUGAUUUAUAUUUGUACAGUUACAUGUAAUUUCAAAAUAUGGGUCAUGAACAAACACUGAAAUUUCUCAUUAAGGAUUUCACACAUUUCUUCUUCCCUAGUAAGUAUAAAUGGUGUUAUUGUCUUUGAUGGCCCUAAUUUGAUCUCUAAUUUUAGUCUUACUAUUUAUGUAGUUAAAGAAGAGCUUUGGUUUAUAGAUUAUAUCCUUUAUACAGUCUAAUUUCACCCCCCUCAUGGUUUGGGUAUUCUUAUUUCAUCCCACUUUAUACCUUUCAUACGCUGCCUGAGAUCUAUGUCUUCUGAACCUUCUUCAAAGAAGUUGUUUGUUUUCUAUCAUUUUCUUGCAUUUAUCAUUGAACCACUGUUGGCCAUUUCUUGCUUCAGUUUUGAAUCUUGAUACAAUUGUAAUUUCCUUUUCUUUCUUUACUUAGGAUGAGUUUUUCCUGUAGCAGACUUACUGAUCACUUUUUCCUAGAGGAGGGCAGUACUCCAAAUCCUUAAUGUCAUCUCUAUGCUUUGUAAUUAUCAGGUCAAUUAUAGACGGUUUAUCUAGCCUUUUUAUCCUGGUAUGAUCUAUUUCUUUCUAGAAGAGACAAAAUUCAUUUAUGACUUCCAGGUAUUUUGCAUUCCACGAAUCUGGCUGAGCUCUAGGAUCAAAACUUUCCCGGUCAAUUUUGCUAUUAAUAUCCCCUGUUACAAGAAUGUCUAUUGCAUUAGUUUCCGAAAGUUGUAGCACUCCUUCCAGGCUCUGUAACGUUUCUUGAUUAAGUUUUUGGUAAUUUUCUUGUGACCACAGCUAUGCAUUAGGUGACAUGUACACUGGUUAUUAUUAUAGUUGCUACUAUGAGAUCUUGCUGAAUCUCUAUCUCCUUUAUAAUAAUUCAUUUCCAUUUGCCCCAUCUUUUCUCAAAAUAAUUUAACAUCGACCACAGGGGGUUGAGGGGAUCCAGUUUGGAUUCAAUAAUACAUAUUGUAGUGAAUUUCCCUGCCUUCAGACGUUACGGGUAUCUAUAGAGAAUCUACGGACUCCUCCGCCUUGCAAGAUGACGUGGUUUUCCUAUUUUCCGGUGCUUAUAUGUUGUUUUUUAUAAGAAUAAACCUGCGUUUUUA